GCGACGCUCCCAAGUCCCAAUCGUAAGCUCUAGAAGGCAGAGGCGAUUUCCCUAAAUUUCGUCGACCAAAGGGGGGCAACCAAUUACCCUUUUUCCCUGCGUCCUCUUGCAGCUGCAGACCAUCUAUAUUCGGGGGAGGGCCCAACGCGCGCACACACACGCCCGCGCACACACCCUCUCUCUCUCUCUCUAUACGCAGGGAGAUUCAUUCGACGGGACAGAGAGAGAAGCCAACGCAACAACACAAGCCCCAGUGGAGGGGAGGACUUUGCUCUUUUUAGUUGGAACUAGGGUUUUUUCGGGUCCAGGGUUUUGGAACUGCUUCUAGGGUUUAUCAGUUUUGUUGAUCUCUCCAUGGCGGCGGAGAAGCUUCGGGAUUUGAGUCAGCCGAUCGACGUUUCCCUGCUCGAUGCCACCGUCGCUGCUUUUUACGGCACCGGAUCUAAGGAAGAGAGGGCUGCUGCAGAUCAUAUUUUGCGGGAUUUGCAAAAUAAUCCAGACAUGUGGCUUCAAGUGGUUCAUAUUCUAUCAAAUACACAGAACCUGAACACCAAAUUUUUCGCUUUGCAGGUUCUGGAGGGUGUUAUAAAGUAUAGAUGGAAUGCACUGCCUGUUGAACAGCGAGAUGGAAUGAAAAACUUCAUUUCUGAUGUCAUUGUAAAACUGUCAAGUGAUGAGAGUUCUUUUCGGCGGGAAAGGCUGUAUGUCAACAAACUUAAUAUUAUAUUGGUCCAGAUUUUGAAACAUGAGUGGCCUUCCAGGUGGCGAAGCUUCAUUCCUGAUCUUGUUGCUGCUGCAAAAACAAGUGAAACUAUUUGUGAAAAUUGCAUGGCUAUAUUGAAACUUCUGAGCGAAGAAGUUUUUGAUUUCUCAAGGGGUGAAAUGACACAGCAGAAAAUCAAAGAACUUAAACAGUCAUUGAACAGCGAAUUUCAACUCAUUCAUGAGUUAUGCUUAUAUGUAUUAUCGGCAGCGUCUCAAAGAACUGAGCUUAUAAGGGCUACGCUGGCAACACUGCAUGCUUUUCUUUCAUGGAUUCCUCUGGGUUACAUAUUUGAAUCUCCAUUGCUUGAAACACUUCUCAACUUUUUCCCUGUUCCAUCCUAUAGGAAUCUCACCCUUCAGUGUUUGACAGAGGUUGCUGCUCUUAAUUUUGGGGACUUCUACAACUUGCAGUAUGUUAAGAUGUAUAAUAUAUUCAUAGUACAACUGCAGACCAUUCUUCCUCCCAAUACAAAUAUUCCUGAAGCUUAUGCAACUGGUUCCGAUGAGGAGCAGGCAUUCAUUCAGAACCUGGCACUGUUUUUCACAUCAUUCUUUAAGUGUCAUAUUCGGGUGCUGGAAUCCUCACAAGAAAACAUUUCUGCACUCUUGUUGGGUCUUGAAUAUCUUAUAAACAAUUCAUAUGUGGAUGACACAGAGGUUUUUAAGGUUUGCUUGGAUUACUGGAAUUCCUUAGUUCUAGAGCUGUUUGAGGCUCACAAUAAUUUGGAUAAUCCUGCUGUGGCUGCCAACAUGAUGGGGUUGCAGGUGCCCUUUCCUGGUAUGGUUGAUGGUCUUGGUUCACAACUGCUGCAGCGACGCCAGCUCUAUUCUGGUCCAAUGUCAAAAUUGAGAUUACUAAUGAUUUGCCGUAUGGCUAAGCCUGAAGAGGUUCUGAUUGUUGAGGAUGAGAAUGGGAAUAUAGUCCGUGAGACAAUGAAGGAUAAUGAUGUCCUUGUUCAAUAUAAGAUCAUGAGGGAGACACUUAUCUACUUGUCACAUCUUGAUCAUGAAGAUACUGAGAAGCAGAUGCUGAGGAAAUUGAGUAAACAACUGAGUGGUGAGGAUUGGUCAUGGAACAACUUAAACACAUUAUGCUGGGCAAUAGGUUCUAUCUCUGGGUCCAUGAUGGAGGAGCAGGAAAACAGAUUUCUGGUGAUGGUUAUUCGUGAUUUACUAAAUUUGUGUGAGAUCACUAAAGGAAAAGACAACAAAGCUGUUAUUGCAAGUAACAUUAUGUAUGUUGUUGGACAAUACCCAAGAUUUCUUAGGGCCCACUGGAGGUUCUUGAAAACAGUUGUCAAUAAGUUGUUUGAGUUCAUGCAUGAAACUCAUCCUGGAGUUCAGGAUAUGGCUUGCGACACAUUCUUGAAGAUUGUUCAAAAGUGCAAGCGUAAAUUUGUUGUUGUGCAGGUUGGAGAAAACGAAGCAUUUGUAUCUGAGCUCCUAUCAAGUCUUCCAACAACUAUAGCAGACCUUGAGCCACAUCAGAUCCAUACAUUUUAUGAAUCAGUUGGCCAUAUGAUUCAAGCAGAGUCUGAUCCUCAGAAGAGGGACGAAUACUUGCAGAGGCUGAUGGAGCUGCCAAAUCAGAAAUGGGCAGAAAUUAUUGGACAGGCACGCCAAAGUGUGGAUUUCUUGAAGGAUCAAGAUGUGAUCAGGACUGUGCUUAAUAUAUUGCAGACAAAUACAAGUGUUGCAAGUGCACUUGGGACAUAUUUCUUGCCACAAAUUUCAUUGAUCUUCUUGGACAUGCUUAAUGUUUACAGAAUGUACAGUGAGCUCAUAUCAACCAGCAUUGCGGAAGGAGGCCCUUUUGCAUCUAAAACAUCUUAUGUUAAACUUCUGCGCUCAGUAAAAAGGGAGACACUUAAGCUCAUAGAGACAUUCUUGGACAAGGCUGAAGACCAACCACAGAUUGGAAAGCAAUUUGUUCCCCCAAUGAUGGACCCUGUGCUUGGUGAUUAUGCUAGGAACUUGCCUGAUGCAAGGGAAUCAGAAGUCUUGUCACUUUUUGCAACAAUAAUAAAUAAGUAUAAAGGUGCAAUGACAGAGGAUGUCCCUCGCAUUUUUGAAGCAGUUUUCCAGUGCACCCUGGAGAUGAUCACCAAAAACUUUGAAGAUUACCCUGAGCAUCGUCUUAAGUUUUUUUCCCUGCUACGUGCCAUUGCUACUCAUUGUUUUCCUGCUUUGAUUCGUCUGUCAAGCCAGCAAUUAAAGCUUGUUAUGGAUUCUAUAAUAUGGGCUUUCCGGCACACUGAGCGGAACAUUGCUGAAACUGGGCUUAUUCUUUUGUUGGAGAUGCUGAGGAAUUUUCAGGCUUCGGAGUUCUGUAAUCAAUUUUACCGGACUUAUUUCUUGACCAUUGAACAAGAAAUUUUUGCUGUCUUAACUGACACUUUCCAUAAACCUGGGUUCAAGUUACAUGUCUUGGUGCUUCAACACUUGUUUUGCCUGGUAGAGUCUGGUGCACUGACAGAACCUCUGUGGGAUGUGACAUCUGUUCCUUAUCCAUACCCAAACAAUGCAAUGUUUGUUCGUGAAUAUACCAUAAAGCUUUUGGGUACAUCAUUUCCUAACAUGACAGCGAGUGAGGUAACCCAAUUUGUGAGUGGACUGUUUGAGUCGAGAAAUGAUCUCUCUGCAUUUAAGAAUCACAUUAGAGAUUUCCUGGUGCAGUCAAAAGAAUUCUCAGCACAGGACAACAAGGAUCUCUAUGCAGAAGAAGCUGCAGCUCAGAGAGAGAGGGAGCGACAGAGAAUGCUUACUAUUCCCGGGCUUAUUGCCCCGAAUGAGAUACAAGACGAGAUGGUGGAUUCAUAGACAGGCUAAACAAACUUGCCGCGGGCACUAAUUUCAUGGGUUUUGACUCUGAUUUGAUGUGGGAGCUGGGAUACAUCCAUUGAGAUUACCAGAUUAGUUGUUUUGUUUUUCUUUUUCUUUUUCUUUUUUUGUUAUGAUUUUCCUCCUCACCCCCCCCCCCCCCCCCCCCUAUUAUUUUUCUCAUGUUUCCCAAAUUUUCUUUAGUUUUUGGAAUGGGUGAAUCGUGAAGGUGUCCCAGUGCAAAGGCUUUGGCUGCUGAUGGAACGAACUGUUGGGGAUGUAGAGUAAUUAAAUUAGCUAGCUAGCUUUUCUAGUUCUAGGAAUAUAGUGAGUCCAUUGUGCGGGUUCCUGAAUUCAGCUUGUUACUGUAAUUGAAGACCAGGGGUUGAGACUCAGACAGAGACUGAGACUGCUGUUGGAUUAACCAAAAAUUAGGUCCGGUCCCAUGUAUACAACUUUGUUGUGCAGGAAGAAUUCUUAUUUUUGGUUCAUUGGUCGAAAGUUUAUAUGUAUUUGCCCUCA